AUGGCUCUGAACAGCACUGAAAGCUUGUCCCCCUCAAAUACCAUGGACCCGCAGAUUGACAGUGAACGCAAGCUGCACCGGGCACAGCAACUCGAUCGCGCCCAGGUCGCACAUCUGGCGGCGCGAAUCAAUGACCUCAUCGAGCAAAACCGCAACCUCGAAGCCCGCAUUGCGUACCUGCGUUCCACGCUGCCUACCGCCCACCAGGCGGCGCCUAAUCCGCCACCACCCAGCGCCAACGCGCUCCAACUCCCCGCCGCCAUCGACUCCCUGAUGGCCGCGCAGGACGUCUACCGUUGCAAAGGCGUGCUGAUGCCAUGGCCAUUUGGCGUGGUGUGCGGCCCACCGCCGUACGAUUCUGGGCCUGUAAUCGACGGCCUGCACGGUCGAGCUGGAGUGGCGCAUCGACUGCGUGCCGGUGUACUGGGAGUAGCGGUCCUCGGGCGCGCUUUGUAUCUAGCACAUGACGGCACGUGGGACUUGCGUGCACCGGACCGAUCUACAAGACACGAACUAGUUACUGCCGCUCCAGCACCCGCUCCUACUCCAGUUCCCUCUCCUGUUGCAGUGUCUACUCAGACUUGGACCCCAGCGCCACCAGUGCCCGUAGGACAUAAUCAGUACAGUCCAGAACGUUACAGAAACAAAGACUGACAGCUCAACGUAAUACAUCUACAACCCUCCCAACGUGUCAGAGCCCCUAGGGUCCCUGCAGCACGCGGAAUCGCCCGAGCUCCAAGAGGUGCAAGAUUCAGUGAAUAGAGCCAUCACGCCGCCAGCGGCAGACAAGCUGAACCCAUACCAAACCCUCACGUCCAGAUCGCAACUACCAGCGGGACCCCACGAAAGCC